GGAGUUGUUUACUGGCUCACACAAGGAGACACGCAAAGACACGACAACCUGACGGCGGACGAGCGAGCUCCACUCGGAACUUUUUACGCAUCUUUUUCUUUUUAAAACUAUUUCUGUUUUGUACCUCAUCACCAGUGCUGGAGACUACGCAGCUAUUUCACGUGCGUGUGUGUUUUUUUCCCCUUACAUUUCACACCGAAAGCUGGUUUGUUUUGGAUUAGCUAGCUAGCUUUAGCUGCCCCCCCUUUCCUCCUCCUUCUUCGUCUUCUCCCAUCGGCUAAUCUGACGGAGAAGAAACAAGACGACUUUUUUUACUACGAGGUAUUUGUGUUUGGGAGGGAAAAGGAGGCAUUCAUUUUCCAGGUUUGUCCCCUCUUUUGGAUACUUUCCCCUUCCGCUUGGAGCUUUUAUGAGGGCUUGUAUUGGCGGCGUGGUGCUGCCUCGAAAAGGGUGAAGGAGUUCAUGGGAUUGUCGUAGUGUGUGUGCUGGAAGGGAAAAACAUCCACUUCUUCCACGUUUCUUUCUCCUAAAAGGAUUUUUUUAUCCACAACUGGAGACACAACUUGGAAGCUCCAGCGAGGAGAUAAAUGAACGAGAGCUAUCAGCUACCAGUCGGAUACUAACGCCAGUAAAAGUGGACAAGAGGACACAUGGAUGCAGACAGUCGCCUUCACUUAUGGAAAAUGAACAUUUUCACUACAACGUGUAUCGCCACCAUAGAGGACCACCUCAAUUAGUGGUCUGCGUUUUCAUUUCAAGGCGCAACACCAAGAACUUGUCCGGGGAGACCCUUUUUAUCACCGAGCCCCGUUGACGGGGUGCAGCUUUGAUUUAAGUACUAUCACCGUUGAAGAAAUACGUUUGUCACACCAUUGGAGGUGUUUUCCUCUCUACAAGAUGAGGCUUCAACUGGGGGCACAACUUGUGCUUUUUCUGCUCAUUUGUAGCUGCAUGAUAAGCCAGCAUGGACUCAUUAAGGGAGAAAUUUGUCAAAGUAAGGACAUCCGCAACAAUGUGACCAACCUGCAGACGCUGGAGAACUGCACCAUCAUCGAGGGCCACCUGAAGAUCCUGCUCAUGUUCAAGACCAAGACCGAGGACUUCCGGGGCCUCAGCUUCCCGAAGCUGCUGGUGGUCACCGACUACAUGCUGCUCUUUCGCGUCUACGGCCUGGAUUCCCUCACCGAUCUCUUCCCCAACCUGACCGUGAUCCGCGGGAACAACCUCUUCUUCAACUACGCCCUUGUGAUUUACGAGAUGCUGCAGCUGAAGGAGGUGGGCCUUCACAGCCUCAUGAAUAUCACCAGGGGGGCUGUGAGGAUAGAGAAGAAUCCAGACCUCUGCUACCUGGCCACUCUGGACUGGUCCAAGAUCUUGGACUCGGUGGAGGACAACUACAUUGUGGAAAACAAGAACGACCGGGAGUGUGGCGACGUAUGUCCCGGCACGGCCCAAGGCCAGACCAUCUGCCCACAGAACACCAUCAACGGACACUUCAGGGGGCGAUGCUGGUCCCAGAACCACUGCCAGAGAAUGUGCCUGGACCGCUGUAAGCAUGGCGCUUGCAACCUCCAGGGCCAGUGCUGCCAUGACCAGUGCCUGGGCGGCUGCUCUGAGCCGGGCAACGCCAGCAGCUGCGUGGCCUGCAGGAACCUCCAGCACGCCAACACCUGCGUGGAGAAGUGUCCCGCCGGAUACUACGUCUUCAGGGGCUGGCGCUGCGUCAGCUUCUCCUUCUGCCAGGCCCUCCACAACCAGUGUAAGGAGACCAAGAGGCUAAACCAAGGCCGGGAGUCUGGUUGCCAUGAAUACGUCAUCCACAACGGCGCCUGUAUUCCAGAGUGUCCUUCUGGAUACACCACAAUAAACUCCUCCAUGCUGACAUGCUCGCCGUGCGCGGGACUUUGCCCUAAACUGUGCGUGGGGAAUAAAACUAUCGACUCGGUCACCUCUGCACAGGCUUUGAGAGGAUGCACCGUUCUCCACGGCAACAUGAUCAUCAAGAUCCGAGGAGGGAAUAACAUCGCUGCCGAGCUGGAGGCCAGUUUGGGACAGCUUGAGGAGAUCACCGGCUACCUGACCGUUCGCAGAGCCUACGCCCUUGUGUCCCUUUCAUUCCUCCGCAAACUGCGCACCAUCAGGGGGGAGCAGCUUGAGGGAGACAUCUAUGCCUUCUACGCACUGGACAACCAGAAUCUGCGUGAGCUGUGGGACUGGUCCAAGCACAACCUGACCAUCCAGCGCGGCCGUACCUUCUUCCACUAUAACUCCAAACUCUGCAUGUCGGAAAUCCGGAAAAUGGAGGAGGUGACGGGUACCAAAGAGCGCAACCAAAAGAACGACAUUGCCGUGCGCACCAACGGGGACCAGGCCUCCUGUGAAACCAAGCUGCUGAAAUUCACCUACGUCAAGAGGGCGUCUAACAAGAUUUUGGUCAAGUGGGAGCCCUUUUGGCCGUCUGAUUUCAGAGAUUUGCUGGGAUUUAUGGUUCUUUACAAAGAAGCGCCAUACAAGAACGUGACCGAGUUUGACGGGCAGGACGCCUGCGGGUCCAACAGCUGGGUGAUUGCCGACGUGGACCCGCCUCCCCGCGUCACCGACAACAAGGAACAGAGCGAGCCGGGCCAUUUGAUCCGCCCCCUGAAGCCCUGGACCCAGUACGCCAUCAUGGUCAAAACCCAACUGUCUGCAUCGGACGAGCACCAGGUUCAGGGGGCCAAGAGUGAGAUCAUCUACGUACGCACCAACGCCUCCAAGCCUUCCGUGCCUCUGGAUCCCAUCUCCUCCUCCAACUCCUCCUCCCAGAUCAUCCUCAAGUGGAAGCCUCCCACCAAUCCCAACGGGAACAUCACACACUACCGGGUCAUCUGCCGCAAGCAGCCCGAGGACAGUGACCUCUACAAGUUCGACUACUGCCUGCAAGGAAUGAAGCUGCCGUCCCGAACGCCAACCCACUUGGACAGCGACGACGAGCAGAAGUGGAACCACACAGACGAGCCCAACAUCGGCGGCAAGUGCUGCGCUUGCCCCAAGACGGACAUCCAGCUCAAGAAGGAGCAGGAGGAGAUCGAGUACCGCAAGACCUUUGAGAACUACCUGCACAAUGAGGUCUUUGAGAGCAGACCAUCACGCAGGCGACGCUCAGUGGGAGUCGCCAACGCCACCGAAUUGCCUUUCCUUCUUCCCACAAUCCCCAGCUCUCCCGACGAUGCUCCCAAAGCUGCACCCGAGGACGAGGAGGGAGCCAAGGUUGAGUUGAAGGUCUUCUCCAAGGAGUCCACCGUCAUCUCCAACCUGCAACACUUCACCAGUUACAAGAUCGAGAUCAUGGCCUGCAACCACCCCACAGACCUCAAGCGCUGCAGCAUGGCCACGUACAUCAGUGCCAGAACCAUGCCCGAAGAGAAAGCCGAUGACAUCCCAGGCCCGGUGAGCCAUGAGAUCAUGAACGGCGAGCCCGCCUCUGUGUUCGUUAAAUGGAAGGCGCCCCCCUCUCCUAAUGGCCUCAUCAUCCUUUAUGAGGUGUUCUACAGGAAGGUCGGAGAGACUGAGGUUCACACAGCUUGCGUGUCUCGACCUGCUUACCUCAAGUCUGGUGGCACCAAGCUGUUGCUCAUGCACCCUGGGAACUACAGCGUGAGGGUCCGUGCCACGUCCUUGGCGGGGAACGGCUCCUUCACGGAAACCACCUACUUCUUCAUGCCCAACAAGGAUCCUGGCAUAAUCGGGGUUGUCCUUGGCCCAGUCAUCUGCUUCUUCCUGCUGCUUGUGGUGGGAUGUGUGGUCUUCAUGAUCUUCAAGAAGAAGCAAGCAGAAGGACCGACUGGACCUCUUAUCGCCUCCUCAAACCCCGAGUACCUCAGUGCCAACGAUGCCUACAUUCCUGACGAGUGGGAGGUCCCCCGGGAGAAGAUCACGGUGCUCCGUGAGCUGGGUCAGGGCUCCUUCGGCAUGGUCUACGAAGGCAACGCCAAGGACAUCGUCAAGGGCGACCCGGAGACCCGCGUGGCCGUCAAGACGGUCAACGAAUCGGCCAGCCUCCGGGAGAGGAUCGAGUUCCUCAAUGAGGCUUCCGUCAUGAAGGCCUUCAGCUGCCACCAUGUGGUACGCCUCUUAGGCGUUGUGUCCAAAGGCCAGCCCACCCUGGUAGUGAUGGAACUCAUGACACAUGGAGACCUGAAGAGCUACCUGCGAAGUCUCAGGCCAGACUCUGAGAACAACCCAUCAGGCCGCCCUUCACCUUCCCUGAAGGAGAUGAUCCAGAUGGCGGCAGAAAUUGCAGACGGCAUGGCCUACCUCAACGCCAAGAAGUUUGUGCACAGAGACCUGGCAGCCAGGAACUGCAUGGUGGCGGAGGACUUCACCGUCAAGAUUGGAGACUUUGGGAUGACGCGGGACAUCUACGAGACAGACUACUACCGCAAAGGCGGGAAGGGCCUGCUUCCUGUCAGGUGGAUGGCUCCAGAGUCUCUCAAGGACGGAGUCUUCACUGCCCACUCUGACUGCUGGUCGUUUGGGGUGGUACUGUGGGAGAUCAGCACACUAGCGGAGCAGCCUUACCAGGGCUUGUCCAACGAGCAGGUGCUUAAAUUUGUCAUGGACGGGGGAUACCUGGACCGCCCUGACAACUGUCCUGAGAGGAUGCACAACUUAAUGCAGAUGUGCUGGCAGUACAAUCCCAAAAUGCGGCCCAUGUUCCACGAGAUCAUCGAGAUGCUGCGGGAAGAUCUGCACCCGUCUUUCCAGGAGGUCUCCUUCUUCUACAGUGAGGAGAACAAGGUCCCCGAGAGCGAGGAGUUCGACCUGGACCUGGACAACAUGGAGAGCAUCCCCCUGGACCCGUCCUCUUACUCGCAGAGAGAGGAGAGUUUAGGCAGGGACAGCGGGCCCUCUGUGGCCCUCAGGGGGAACUAUGAGGAGCACGUUCCUUACACCCACAUGAACGGCAGCAAGAAAAACGGACGCAUCUUAUCCUUGCCCAGAUCCAGCCCUUCCUAACAUUUCCUCGAAGACGACGUGGACCUGGCCCAAAACCUCAACCAUCCUUCUUUCUCCUCCAUCCCGUUCUCGUUUCCUCCUUUGUCCUCCUCAACCCACACGGAUCUCAGGACUUUUAACUUUUCUUCCUCAUGGCUGCCAAACAGGCUCGCAAGGGAUGCAAAACAGCACGCCUCUUUUCCGCUUGUGGCGGAAACACACACACACAGAAACACACACACACACACACAAAGAACUGUGAACACAACAAAGCUGGCUGCUUCUGUUCCACCUCCUCAGCACUUGGUGGCUCUCCUUCUCCUCCUGCUAAACUUCCACUCGAGUCUGCUGACUUUUUGUACCAAGAUGGUGGCCUUGUGACGCGUGGCCUCCCAAGGAAGACGCCAGUUCCUCAGCUGGCGUUUCCUUCUUUUCACGUUGGAUCUCUUUGGAAGGCUGGGAUGAAUCCAUCGUAGAACAAACGGCUCAUCCCGAAGCAACAUUGGCUUUUUUUUUUUUUUUUUUUUUUUAGAAUUCCAAAACAAUGCGCAUAUUGAUGGGGUGAAUAGUUUUAAUUUAUUUGCUUUUUUUUCUUUGUUUUCGUACGUGUCCUCACUUACUAUACGGCUGAAGGAUAUUUAAACAGUUAUUCAUUGGACAAAGGAGUUCCUCAGACUGACCAAUAGCUGCUGCUGCUGCUUUCAUAUAUUUUACUAGCUAUAGAAAUAUAUAAAUUUAUAUAAUAUAUAGUGUAUAUAUAGAAUCUUGGUACCGAGGUAUCAAUGUUUUAUAUAUAUAAUAUAUCAUGUUUUUGUAUAUAGUUCAUAUUUGUAAUAUUUUUCAUCAAAAGCUUUGUUAGUAUCUAGAUUAUUUUCUUUUCCUUCAAAUGUUUUUAUUUUUGUAGCCCCCACAAAUCCGCCAUCAGUGCUCUGGUGGUGAGAGAGCGCCCGGGUGGGAAAUGCGUUCUAUUUUUGUUGUUCAAUCACACUCGGGCCUCCCGGAGGAGACUUUUUAUUUUUAAGGAUGAUGAAAAAAAAGAGGAAAAAAGCUUUAAAAAAAAAAAACAAAAAAAAAACAACUAGGAGGAAUGACGUCACAUGACGCGUGUGGUGAGGCCUGAUGAAUGUAUUUCCUGUUUGAUAGCAGCACCAGUCCUCCUGUGGUCGUCUUAUAGGUUCUAGGUUCCCCUCAAUUUGUCACGGUUCUCCUCAGCUUCCAGCAGACGACGGCGAUAGAGACGAUUCCGACAUCUUUUCCUUCUGUUUUUCCUUUUUGUUUGUGAAUGAAAGGGGUUGAUGGAACUGUAAAUCCCCCCGCUAGGUGGCGCCACUACACCCUUUUUGUGCUUUGUUCCACUUUGUACGCCUGAGAAAAGCCCAGAUAUCUGGUGCCUGGGUUGCCGUGUGCUGGUUCUGCAGCCGUGGCGUUUGGGCUAGCCGCACAUGCUAACCUACCUUGUAGUGCUGCCUGCUAUACUCCUGUCUCCACUUUGCUGCAACAGCCCUCAGUCUCCACUUGGAAAAAAAUGACUCCUUCGCGCGGUCGGUAGUUACGUGCUGGCAAGGAACUACAGGAGGCCCUCCGCCUCCCCCCCCACUUUGCUGCAACUGCCCUCAGUCUCCUCUUGGAUAACUCUUUAAAUUGGACAAUCUGACAUACUGACAAGUAAACACAGGUGACUCUCAUUUUACUAUAGCGGCCCUUAGUCUCCUAUUGGAUAAGAUUAGGCUCCUUAGGCCCUCAAUCUCUUAUUAGAUACAAUUACAGUAGUCUCUAUUACAUGGCUAAUAGCCACAUGCUAUAGUGACAUGUAAAGUAUAGUGAUCCUCGUUCAUCUCCACUUUGUUGCAACUGCCCUCAGUCUACUCUUACUGUGUCCUGUAGUCUCAUUCUGACAAGUAAAUAAGACCUUGGUAUUACAGUUUGCUUUAUCUACCCUUAGUCUCUUGUUGGAUAAAAUGUGUCCUCUUCUGUGGCAAACAGUUGCGUCCAGUUAGUCCAGUUAUUGUCCAUACCAUGGCCAAUGGUUAUGUACUGUAAUGACAAGUAAAUACAGAGGACCCUCUGUACUCCUGUCUCCACUUUGCUGCAACAGCCCUCAGUCUCCACUUGGAAAAAAAUGACUCCUUCGCGCGGUCGGUAGUUGCAUGCUGGCAAGGAACUACAGGAGGCCCUCCGCCUCCCCUCACUUUGCUGCAACUGCCCUCAGUCUCCUCUUGGAUAACAAGUAACUCUUUAAAUUGGACAAUCUGACAUACUGACAAGUAAACACAGGAGAACCUCAUUCUCCUCCAUUGCACUGCUUCUGCCCUCAGUCUCCUCCUGGAUAAAAUUACUCCUGACUGAAGCCAAUUGUCACAUUGUGUCGAGUAAAUAGCGGAGUUAAACUUCCCAGUUUGGUGUAGCUGCCCUGAGUCUCUUAUUAGACAUAAUUAACCUCCUCCUGUGCUCAAAACGUGCGUCCUGGUGAGUAAAAACAAGCUCCUCCUCCCGCCACUUUGUUGCAACUGCCGUAGUCUCCCUGUGGAUAACAUGCAUCUCUUUAACUUGGGAAAUCUCACAUACUGACAAGUAAACACAGGAGAGCCUCAUUGUCCACCGCACUGCUACUGCCCUCAGUCUCCUACUGAAUAAAAUUACUCCUUACUGUAACCAAUAGUCACACUCUGGCAAGUAAACACAGGUGACUCUCAUUUUACUAUAGCUGCCCUGUCUCCUAUUGGAUAAGAUUAGGCUCCUUAGGCCCUCAAUCUCUUAUUAGAUACAAUUACAGUAGUCUCUAUUACAUGGCUAAUAGCCACAUGCUACAGUGACAUGUAAAGUAUAGUGAUCCUCGUUCACCUCCACUUUGUUGCAACUGCCCUCAGUCUACUCUUGGAUAAACAUACUCCUUACUGUGUCCUUUAGUCUCAUUCUGACAAGUAAAUAAGACCUUGGUAUUACAGUUUGCUUUAUCUGCCCUUAGUCUCUUGUUGGAUAAAAUUUGUCUUCUUCUGUGGCGAAGAGUUACGUCCAGUUAGUCCAGUUAUUGUCCAUACCAUGGCCAAUGGUUAUGUACUGUAAUGACAAGUAAAUACAGAGGACCCUCAUUCAUCACUUGACCACAGCUGCCCUCAAUCUCCUAUUGGAUAAAACUACAGUAGUCUUGAUACCAUGGUCAAUAGUUGCGUACUAUAAUGACUAGUAAAUACCUAUACAGGAGAUCUUCAUUCUCCACUUCACAACAGCUGCCCUCAGUCUCCUACUGGGUAAAACUACAGUAGUCUUGAUACCAUGGCCGAUAGUUGCAUACUGUAAUGACUAGUAAAUACCUAUACAGGAGACCUUCAUUCUCCACUUCACAACAGCUGCCCUCAGUCUCCUACUGGAUAAAACUACAGUAGUCUUGAUACCAUGGCCGAUAGUUGCAUACUGUAAUGACUAGUAAAUACCCAUACAGGAGACCUUCAUUCUCCACUUCACUACAGCUGCCCUCAGUCUCCUAUUGGAUAAAACUACAGUAGUCUUGAUACCAUGGCCGAUAGUUGCAUACUAUAAUGACUCGUAAAUACCUAUACAGGAGACCUUCAUUCUCCACUUCACUACAACUGCCCUCAGUCUCCUAUUGGAUAAAACUACAGUAGUCUUGAUACCAUAGUUGCAUACUGUAAUGACUCGUAAAUACCUAUACAGGAGACCUUCAUUCUCCACUUUACUGCAGCUGCCCUCAGUCUCCUAUUGGAUAAAACUACAGUAGUCUUGAUACCAUGGCCGAUAGUUGCGUACUAUAAUGACUAGUAAAUACCUAUACCGGAGACCUUCAUUCGCCACUUCACUACAGCUGCCCUCAGUCUCUUAUUGGAUAAAACUACAGUAGUCUUGAUACCAUAGUUGCAUACUGUAAUGACUCGUAAAUACCUGUACAGGAGACCUUCAUUCUCCACUUUACUGCAGCUGCCCUCAGUCUCCUAUUGGAUGAAAUGUCUCCAAUGAUCCCAUGUUGACAAGUAAACACAGGAGGCCCUCAUUCUCCUUUGUUGGAGUGACUUGAGGCUGAUUGUUGUAUUAUUUAGAAGCGGGUCAGAGCACCAGCGUGACCGGCAGCACUCGAGUGCCACCAAAGCCACGGGAACGCCCUCAUUGCCCUCAGUGCCUUCUCAAUACGGGAGUCCCUGGAAGAAAAGCAUAGCUGGGGGUGUGUCUUCACACGGGGCUGACGCGCUACGAACACUGUGAACAUUAAACUACGCUAGCUCCUUUCCAUGCUGCCCAGAACUCGUGUGUGAGUUGGGAUGUAGCAAAACUGUUAGCAAAUAGAAAACGGCGUGAGCGAAGGGGUGGAGCCAUGCCACAGCCUACGUUGUUAUGGUUAUCUCACGGUUAUGUUGUGGUUAUCUUAUGGUUACGGUUUGUGGCCAAGAGUCUACCCCAGUGCACACGGACCAAUCCAUCAACAUGGCAUCAUCGCCAACGCACUCGAACCCAAACGCAAAACAAACUCUUGAGCUUUUCUGCCUUACACACACAGACUCACAUUAGCUUAGACGUCCAUAAUCCAACAUGGAAGGCAAAACCUGCAUCAGAUUCUUUCAAAGAGUUAGCAAGAAAAAUAUAUAUUAAAAAUAUAUAUAAAGAUAGUAUACACACAAACUGCUUAACAAAUGUACCAGAGUGGCCCCCAAUGGAAGGUUGAUGCCACUAUGGUAACAUUAAAAUGGAUUUUUAUCAAAUACAUUUCUGCAAUGUGGAAGCUCUUUCACCAAAUGGACGCUAAUCAUUAUUGAGGUUUGCCAGACAACUUCCUCCUCCACUUUGCUGCAGCUGCCCUCAGUCUCCUCAUGGAUAAAAUGUUUCUCCUGGCCUGCAUCAGCCUGCACAACUUCUGUGCUUCGUUUGGGAAUUUCAAGUGGCUCCAUGACAAUUUUACCCCAUUUUUUUUAUGAUUUAUUUAUUUAACGGUUAGCCCGCCAGCGUGUUGAAGCGUUCUAAUAUAUCUAAUACCAACAUUCUUUCCAAUCAAUAACAUCUUCAGUUUCGGACAGAUUGGUAAAGCCUGUUUGUGGCAGACUGUCUGAUAAACGUUCCCAGGUGGGCAAAAACUGGCCUGCGAUGUCAAAACGAUAUUCAUGUAUUUUUAGCAUUUAUUAAUUUUCAUAUCAAUUUCACAUUGGUCUUGUGCUGAGAUGUUAGAAGCCCCCCCCCCCCCCCCCCCCCCCCCGAUUGGCAUCCACUUCAUUCCAUUUUAGCAUUGAAUGAAGUCAAGGAAAUGUGUGUCAAUAUCGCACCGGUACCCCACCCCCACCCCGUUGUGGAUUUGAACAUUUGGAUUCGUGAAGCAAAAGCACACUAGCUAGAAAGUUAUGGAUGGACGGCUACCUUAGCGACCGUUUAUAUCAGACAGGACCCCCCAACCCCCUCGAAUGACCGUCUUUGUUGGAGACAAUCAGGAAACUCCUCAGUUCAGCUUGGAAUACCCCCCCCCCAACCCCAAUCACCCACCCCAACAGUGCCUUGCGCCUGCAUAGACAAAGACAAAAGACAGAACGCCCUCCCCCCACCCCAAAAAAAGUCAUCAUUUUGAACUUGUUUUCCAUUUUUUGGUUUUCAAUCUUCAACUUUUUGGUGAGUUGGUCAGCCAAAAUCUCAUCCAUCCUCAGCAAACACGCCGCAUUGGACCCCCCCCACCCCCCACACACACGUGUUGAUCGCCAUACACGAAAAAGAGGUAGCUCAUCCCGAGGGUUGGUUUUCCAUUCUUCCCAUCAUGUUGGAAACUCGACUUGGAAAUGAAGCCAAGUCAUUUCUUUGGUUCUUCUUACCCAAAACACAUUGGUCAUAAUAAGAAGACGGACAUCCUGAAGUCUUCUUCUUCACUUGGACUCCCAUCUUUAGUGGCGCUUGUUCAACUUUGGUGAAUAAAAGCUCUCGUUUGCGUACGCAGUUAUGGAUGAUAUGGAUGGCUUGGGUUUCUUGUUGGUUUGAACACCUGGCGACACUAAAGGUUCCGUCCUUGGACCAACCCAGUCAUGACAACCACAACACGGGUAACCAUCAAUUGGUUAUGAGCAGGAACGUUGCCAUACCGAAAGGGUAGCGCUGCGGGCUACGGUAGUGCUAGCGACAGAUGGUCGGCGACAUUACCGGCCUUUUAUGGCAUACACGAUUUGUUUAGGGAAAUCAGCUGAUACUGAUUGGUAGCCGUAAAUAUAUACAGUAAACCUCGGAUAUAUCAGAUUCAAUUGUUCCCACUGGUUUUGUCCGAUAUAAGCGAAAUCCGUUAUAUGCGUAUACCGGAAAAUGUCCGUUUUACGCAUAUAUCGGAUUUAUAUCUGGUAUAUGCGUAAAUGGGAUUUUAUCCGUUAUAAAAAGGCACUUCCUUGACUAUGUUUCCAAUGUACCUGGACGCGCAGGCAACGCUGCAAACGCUGCAAAUGACGUAUAGCGGCCUGUCACGAUUCGGCGAAUCGGAGCGCCACGAUGCGGCCAUCCGAUAUAUGCGAGGAAAAUUUCAUGGAAAUGCAUUGGAACGGGACUGGAGAUUUUGUCCGAAAUAGGCGAAAUCCGUUAUAAAAAAUCCGAUAUAUGCAAUGAAUUUUUAUUGGAAAUGCAUUACAGAAAAAUUGGUUCUUUUUUAUCUGUCCGUUGUGAGCGAAUUUCUGAUAUAUCCGAGUCCGAUAUAUCCGAGGUUUACUGUACCGACAAUCAUUUUGGCAACUAUUGAUUUUUUUAAUAACAUUUUCAUACAAUAAAUGAUUGUAUGUACAAUGUACACCUAUUGUUUUUUUUUUGUUUUGUUUUGUUUUUUUCAAAGAACGAUGAUUUAGCAUUUAAUCCCAAAAGUGAAAUCGGAGUGAAUUUCCAAGGAAAGUUUCCAAGGUGACGAAUGUCGAGUGGCCUCUUCCACCCUCAUCUUGUCUUCAGUCUAGGACGACAAGCAAGCAUUUAUUCUUUUUAUUCUCUGCAGUGUUACCUUUUUAGAAAAAAAAAAUUUUUUUUUUUCAUUUUUAGCCAAAGUCGGGAGGGCAAAAAAAAAAAACACAAAUACUUUUUUUUUUUGUUUCUUACUGUAAACUUUUCCUACUCUUGUACAUGAUGAAUUUGUUAUCAAUGUGUGUAUAUGACGUCAGUUUUUCUAAAUGAAUGGGAGAGGAUAUUUUUAUGGUUGUUGACGAGUCGACCCUGUGGAAACACACACACACACAAACACACACUUGGUGGCCUUUUUUUGGCCGCCCGUCUGGCUUUUCAAUUUCAUGCGGUUUUCAACGUGGGCCCGACAAAUUCAUGUGUUUUUCUGGUGUUGUUUUCCACUGAGGCGUGUUUAGGUGGUGUUGUUGAGUAAAUAAGGUGUAAACUGGACGAGACCACUGCACAUCCUUUCAGAGAGGAAGAAGACGAGAACGAUGAAAUAAGCUACAAAGAUUUUUUUUUUUUUUUU